GACACCACUGGCUGCCACUGGUUAGACGUCUGUUUCAAACCUAUUUCAAUUAUUUCAAUCCCUUUUCGGCGUUUACCAUAAACGGUAUAGAGCCACUUUAAUCAAAGCCUUCAAGCUAUGCAAAAUAUUUGGGUGUGCCGUGAUGUGCGGGUUAAUCGCAUGAAUUGUUAUGACCUGGGUUCGACCACCUUCGACCAUCUGUUCAUUUACAACUCAUAUUGAGUGUAGUUUAUAAUCUAAUCUGUUUGAAAAUGCUUCGAUUUCUGCUGUUUACUUGUUGCUGUAUAGCUAUUUCUUUAACCCAUAACAUCAAUACUAAAAUUGGUCCAAUACACAAGACACACACAGCCGCCUCAUAUUUUGGUUUUAGUGCGACAGGAGUUAUUGAUGGCAUCGGUGGAGCAUGGUUAGUACUCUCGAGUGUUUAUAAACACUGAUAUUUUCAAGCUUUUUUAUAUACUUGUAAUUUCUUACUCUUUGUUUGUGUCGUGUGAGAAAUGUUUGUAUUAUUUAUAAAGUGCACAUUCUGUUGUCAUUUUAGGGUGGCAGUAGGCAGUCCAAGGGCUAAUACAUCAAAACUAGACUACAGAACGGGUCGUGUAUUAAAUAAAUUUGACGAUAAGAGUAGUGGGGCUCUGUACAAGUGUCCGAUUAAUAUGGACCCGUCAAAUUGUGAUGAUAUAACCGUGAAGAUUGGACAAGGUAAGUGUUGCCAUUAUAACAAUUUUAACAAACAUGGCUGAAGUAUUGAAGUGUGUAGAGGCAAGUGGUCUAAAGGAGGUUGUCGUUUCAGUGUUUCACUAUAAAGUACUGGAUCACAGAGUAACAUACAGAGGUGGAAUAGGUUUUCGGAUCGUCGGAUUUCACAGAAAAAAUUGUUCGGAUUUCGGAUCUGGCGAAUAUUUUACACAGAUUUGCGGAUCUUAUUAAUACAGCGGAUUGCGGAUUUAUCUAAUAUUUUGGCUCAAAUUGUGGAUUUAGUUUGCAAUUUAGUUCGGAUCCUGGAUUGUGACUUCAUAGUAGAGCUUUUAGCGGAUUCAAAUCCAUUGUCGGAUUGCAGAUUUUGCUUCAAAUUUGGCCGGAUUGGCGGAUUUGUAUACCCCUAUUCACCCCCCUCAUACAGAGGCUUAUCUCAGCUAAAAAAACCGUACUUAAGGUGUUUCCUUUUGCUGCCAUGUUCUUAGCCAGUACCUGCACAUGCGCAGUUUACAUAAAAAGGUGGCUUCUCUUUACUGGACUGGCUAGGAACAUGGCAGAUUUUUCGAAAAAAGCCCUUACGCCAACAUCAAAGGUGCCUCAUUGAGAUAAGCCUCUGUAUAUUAAUACUCUGUGACUGGAUGACCAGUGGCGUAGCCAGACCUUCAUUUUUGGGGGGGCGAAGCGAACGCCGAAGGCGCGAGACCAUCUAUGGAGGUCAGGGGGCAUGCACCCCCGUGAAAAUUUUGAAAUUUAGAGUCCCUGAAAUGUGAUUUCAAGCAUUUUGGGGGUGAAAUCUUGCAGAAUUCCGAAGAUUAUAAAGUACGCUCUAGGGGAGUUCGGGGGCAUGCACCCCAGGGAAAAUUUUAAAAUUUAGAAUCCCUGAAAUGUGAUUUCAAGCAUUUUGGGGGUGAAAUCUUGCAGAAUUCUCCGAAGAUUAUAAAGUACGCUCUAGGGGGGUUCGGGGGCAUGCAGCCCAGGGAAAAUUUUAAAAUUUAGAGUCCCUGAAAUGUGAUUUCAAGCAUUUUGGGGGUGAAAUCUUGCAGAAUCCCGAAGAUUAUAAAGUACGUCGAAGACAUAAAUUUUCCCAGACAUUUCUAAGUUUCUACUUGCUUUUUAUAUAUGAUACAGAAUAAGUCUGAGAAUAAUAUUCAUGUUAUCAUAAUGCAUAUACAUGUAAAUCUAAACUAAAUCUAUUCCUCUUGGAACCAUAUCUACAACUGUUUUAACGAGAUUUUAGAAAUCAAGUUCUUCCAGUAUUUCGUCGUUUUCCUCAGUCGAGACGUACUUAAUCCGUUUCAGCUUCGAGGAUGUAACGUGUACCCCCCCCCCAUUUCUCUAUGGAUUUAGCCUUUUUCAGAGAAUAGUUUUUUUGCGAUUGCCCCCCCUUGGCUACGCCCCUGUGGAUGACAAGUACACAGAAGGUUAUUUAUUUUUGGUGAGCACAAAUGGCACAAUCUGAUUGGCUGAGGAGUCUUUCAGAGUGGCCUGGUGUUCUGAAAGGAAAUCGGCCUGCUCUGGUUUUCGUGCCAAAAUCAAGGAGUGAAACAAUUUUCAAACUAAAAAUUCUCCCCAAAAAGUUCAAAAACAUAGUUAACGCAGGGGCGGAUCCAGCUAAAAGACUGACUGUAGCAUAAUCCCAAAAUGAGGUGGCACCACGUAAUCUGGGGGGUCCGGGGGCAUGCCCCUGUGGAACAUUUUUGGAAUUUGAACCCCGGAAACACCAUUUCCUGCAUUCUGAGCAUCAAAUUCUGUUCUAAAAUUUAACCUUAAUAAGGCCAUAUUUUAGACAAAAAGUUACAAAAACACGUAAAGACAGUAAAAUGUUUAAACAACAUACCAAAUCAUACCAGAUCUACUGUACAUUACUGUAUGCAAAGUUUAAGACCAGCCUUCCUCCCCAUAUUAAUAUGUAACUUAAUAUCAUACCACACAUGUGUAACAUAUAUAAGCUUUGUGUUGUUAUCAUUUACCAGUAUGGAAAGUUUGUAUCGCGCGGUGGAAAUAUUGGCCACGCAAUUUUGAUGCUAUCUAUAUAUUUACUAUUAAAUUUUCGGCACGCAAUUUCCAAACACUGGCACGGAGUGUUUGAGAUUACAUUUAUAUUCUGUUUAUUGUUAUAUUCUAAUAUUCAUAAGCAGGCCUCGAACUUGAGAAAAAUAAAGGCAAGGCCAGUUUGUCUGUUGAAUGUUACUAAGUUUUUCAAGGCAUCGAGGCCAGUACACAGCUAGGGCAUCAAGAUUCAAGGCCAGUUUGGAAAUUUUAUUCAGUUGCUACUUUGAAGUUUCAAAUAAUGUUUGAGUUUCCAUGAGACAAGAAAAAUAUACAGAACAGCAACAAUAUUAAAAAAAAUGCCAAACAAAACUAUGGAUAUUUUAAAUUAAUACAUGAUUCAACAGACAGACUAAUGGAAAGGUGCAUUUAAAUACUAUUUUAAAUUUAUUGCCAAUUUUACAAAUCAUACACUUGGUAUUCUAAAGCCUAAGUACUGUAGUCUGGGGUUGAGGGCAGGCCACUACUGGCUGUGGAUUUCAGAGGGCAUAGCGCCCACAAGCAGGGCAUCGACGGCCAGUGGCCGCCAUGGCCGCCGCUAAAUUUGAGGCCCACAUAAGCUUACCUGACCGGAACGUGGUUCAACGAGCGCGCUCAUUCAGCAAAUUUUGAAUUGUAAUUUAGAAAAAUCACACACAAAUACUUUACGAUCUUUCAGGCGAUCGGCCUUAAUUAACUUUGCUCCCGAUGGCAUCCUCACAUAACGCUUUAGUCUACUUAGUUUUUCUUUGAAAGAAAUUGGCUUGUUAAAAGCGCAAACAAAUAUAGCCAAAUAACAUCGCUCUAAAGUUCCUAUCACAUUGCGCAACUGUAGCUGACUGUAGCGCAUUGCAACACUGUAAUUGGUUUGCUUCAUCUGACUGUAGCAAAAAUGCUAAAUUUAGUAACUCCCCUCCCCGCUGUCUGUAGCAUUUUGCUGUAAGACCCCCAGUUGACUGUAGCAUUUUGACGUCAUAAAUCGGUAUAUUUACUAGACCACUUUUCUGAACGCUUUUUGAACUAUGUUUUAAAAAUUUAGGUGAUUUUCCCUAAAAGUGGGCGUUGUUUCAAGGAAAAUUCAGGUUAAUUUAAGAUAAGCAUGUAAAAGCGUAACUUAAUAUUCAUAGCUCACAAAAUACGUAUGGACAUCUGGUUGAAGUUGCGGAAGUUUAUUUUUUUUGAGCAAAUGCUACAGUCAGAUUUUCCUGCAAAAUUAUUUUUAAUGAUAGUAAAAAUUCCUUAUAGAAGUUUUCCACUUUCUCUAGAAACUGGAAAACUUCUAUAAGGAAUUUUUACUUAAUCAUUAAAAAUAAUUUUGCAGGAAAAUCUGACUGUAGCAUUUGCUACAGUUGCUAUACAGUGUGGAUCCGUCCCUGACUGUAACGAUAGUCAGAACAUGAUUGAAAAUGAAUUGCAUCUAAGGACUUCGUACUACUACUUCUACUACACGAUGUACACCCGAAUUGACAAUAUUUUGAGAGAAAUGCGACUGAAAGUCAGCAAGUUAUUUGACAUACAUGUAUAUAAAACAUAUGCCAAAAAAGCUAUAUUUUUGUUCAAAAUGCUCAUGUAUUUGGCCACUUAACAUUAAAAAGUCACAGUUCAAAGAGAUAUUUUAAAAGAAAUGUUUUCUGCUCAAACAUACAAUCUUAAAAGAAGGUUUAGCAGUGAAAACAGGUAAUGAAUAUAUUCUCUACCCAUUUGUGUCAUGCAUUUUUCACUGAUUGUAAACAACAAAGUCGAAUCUGUGUUUCAAAACACAUGCUGAAGCAAGCGGAAAAAUACAAAAUUUUCCCCCCUCAAGUUUCGCCCCUGACAAUUGGCAAAAUCAUCCAUUUUAUAUAAUAAUCUGUAAUCAGUAAAUUAGUCACUUACAUUAUCUAUAUAUAUAUAGUGUACAUGAACAGUAGGUAUUUUGAGUGCUCCUCUUAUUCAGACCUUACAAUUCAAGUCAGCAAUCAUCAACAUUAUUUAACUAAACUAUAUUCUGCUGGCAAAAACAAGCAUAAGAUUAAAUUCCAUUUUAGUUUUUCCAGCAAUAUAUACCUUGUAUCAGGGUAACAAAGCAGCAUUUUUAGAGUUUAAGGCAAGAUUUUGAAAUUGGCCAACAUUUAAAUAUUUCUGAAACAUUGCCAUAGGAAAAUAUUGAUGUGUGUGAUCUAAAAAGCAUACUUUGAAUUUAGUUGCCUUGAAGACUUCCAAAUUUAAAACUCAAUUCAUGAGGUUAGAUCUAGUUGAACCCAACCAUAUACAGAGUAAUACUUUAUUGUACAGCACAGUUGUUUAUUGUGAAUAUUUGUGUUUAAUUUGUAGCUCCUGGGAGCGUUUAUAAUCCAAGUAAUGGAUGGUAUGGUGUUUCAGUUGGUGGUGGAAGACAACAAGAUGGCAAAGUCAUGGUAAGUUACUAGCAGUUGUACAUGUUAGGCUUGGGCGGUUUUGCUUAAAAUCAAAUCCGAAAAACUGGUAAACCGCCCAAGCCUCAAGCCUAGUACAUGUAUGUAGGAGAUACAACUAGCUGAAAAGUUGUGUUUGUAUUUUUCAGGUUGUUGUAUCUUUUAUUAUAAAUAAUUUUAUAAAUAAUUCCACAAACCUCCUGAGCCUUUGGGGCAUUUAACCCAUUGAGUGGCAGCACUCUCCACUUGAUGAGUAAAAUCGUCUGGCGUUAGACAGAGUAAAAUACUAAAGUAGGGCGCAUCAGGGUGCAUUGACACUUAAAGGUGGAGUUACACGAGCAGCAAAAUUGCUACAACUUGCAGCAAAAUCUGAUUUCAACGCAUGUUAGAAAUGUUACACAUAAAUUACAAAUCACAAGGCAACAUGUGUCAACAUUUCUACUUAACAUGCAUUGAAAUCAGAUUUUGUUGCAAGUUGCAGCAAUUUUGUUGCUUGGGUAACUCCAGCUUAAAGGGUUAAUCACUAAUUUUCCCUCGUGUCAUGCUACCGUAAUUAGUUUCUAUUGUUUAAAACUUGUGUAAAUGAGAAUCCAAACAAGCAUGUAAUAUGUUUUUUGUAUGUUUGCAUGGCGAUAAAAACAUAUAAUAGAUUUGUUUGUGGAAACACCACGUAAAUUUAUUACUGCAAAGCUUUCAAUAUUAUUAUUAUUAUUUCAUAUUAUUAGCACUGAUGAAGAUCUGGGCUUAAGGAUCGAAAGCUUUGCAGUAAUAAAUUUACGUGGUGUUUCCACAAGCAAAACUAUUAUAAGUAUGUAAUAAUUAACGGUACAUAAAAAAGUAUUUUUAUUGUUGUGUAUGAAGGUAUUGUUUGGAUGUUUGACCAAAGCUGCUCGAAUUAUUUCUAAUUUCAGCAAUGAUGUAGAUCAUUCUAUUGCUUUAAAUGCUUUAGGCUGGGAGCCACUUGAUAGAAUAAGAAAAAAGGCAAAAGCAAGAAUGAUGUACAAAACGUUAAACAAAAUAGGCCCUGAGUCUCUCACAAACCUCUUCACGUAUAAGAAUAUAACAAAUUAUAAACUUCGAAAUAUUUCAAGUGGUCUUUGCCUGCCACAACCACGUACCAAUAAUAUGAAAAAGAGUUUUAUGUAUGAUGAUGCUAGGCUUUGGAACUCUAUUCCAAAUGAAAUUAGAGAGAGCAAAUCUCUAUCAUGCUUCCAUGCAAAAGAAAAUUGCCGCUCACAUUUUUAAUUAGACAACAAAUGUUGUCAUGUACAAUGUAAAUCGAUUGUUAUAUUCCCAUUACUUACUUUAAUAUACUUGCACGCCUAAUACUAUUUCUAAUACUCUGUAAAUAAUUAUUCUAAAGUUUAUACUUCUGUAAUUUCUUUUAUACACGCCCCCUGUGGAAAUCAGCUUCGGUUGACGGGGUUAGCGUGGUUAAAUAAAGUCUAUCUAUUUAUCUAUACAAUUGCUGGCAAUUUACUACAGUAAAUCGCCCGGUUGAGCGGGCAAAUUAGUAAAUUGCCCGCUCAGAGAGAAUUUAGAGAUUUUAAUGCCCGCUUGGAACAACAGAACCCGAGGUGAUCAUGGUAUUACAGUAUAUACGGCUGAUGUUAGUUAUCAUUGCUACCUACAGUGGCAACAACCGUUCAAGUUAGUGAAGUUACCACAGACACUGUAGUUUACAUUCAAGUGUUUAUUGUCCAUAAUAACACCAUACAUUACUGUUUGAUGAACUGCAAAAUCUAUUAAGAUAUUUGCUUGUUGUAAACACACUUUCUUGUUUGAAACUCCUAAAUCCAUACCAAAAUUGGAACAAUGUCUUUGUUUAGCGCUGUAAUGUACUGUAAAGUUGAUGCAAGCUUGAACCAGAUCCGCAAUGCAUGUACUGUAAUGGUAGCAAAUAAAUUGAAAGCAGUAGUUAUGAACCAUUUCCAAAAUGCUUUAAUUUAAUUCUUCUCGAUUUGGUAACAAAAUUACAACAGUAAUUUCAGCAAUAAACAAAAUUGGAACAAUGAUUCUCCAGUCUCAGUCAGUUGAAAUACAUUUUUUGUGAACCACUACUGUAGUUCAUAUUUUACAAGUAACCCUUCAUUGAAAUGCUAAAUGGUUAAGCUUGAAAAUGAAUGAAAAUACUGUUAAAUCAUUUGUGAAAUUCACAUUUGAAUGGAGUAUAUUUAUGCAACUUGUAUUGUUUUAGGUUUGUUCCCACAGGCCACUCGUGACAUAUUGUCACCCCAUCAGGACCAAUGAAUGCCAGGACUCGCUGCCAGGAGUUUGUUUGAUUCUAAACAAAAACGAUGGCUCACAUGAGGAUGAAAUAUUGACAAUCUCUUCCAAAAAUGCUAGUAAGUCGUUAUGUAUAUAACUUUUCCUAGCAUGUAGGAUCGAGGAGGACCUUUAAUAUAUACUACAUUUAAAAAUUGUAGGAUUGUAAGCCUCCUGAACUUACACUAACGACUGACAUUUACUCAAGACCUGCCUGUGUUAAACCUGAGAACUUUGCCAGACACUUCGCGCAAUAAUGCGAAGAUAGUUAAAUUAGAUCAUUACCAGGCAAACGUGGAAGUUAAAAGUGAAUGGAAGCUAAGAAUACAAAAUUUUAAUUGAAUUUCCGGUCUUUCUGAGGGUCAAAUAUUGAAGGAUUUUGUAGAUGUAAGACCUACAGUAAACCUAUAGACCUACAGUAACCAUGAGCAACCAUGAUGAACUAUGAUGAACCAACCAUGAUGUAACUUUAGACAUAUAGUAACCAUGAGUAGCUGCGAAAAUGCAACUACAUCCAGGUGAUCUCGUGUUCGUAUUUUAGCCAAUCAGCGCUCAGAAAGGGUUGUCCGAAUAGAAAUCCAUUUUGAUGUAUUCAGUCAAUCAUAUCUUUCGUUAUUCUUUAUGAAACUAGUUGAAAUUCUGUAAUUAUGUUUGGUUAUGAGAACUAUAGCUCUGACAAAAAUAUGGAAUCGAAAUAAAGUAUAUUACAGGAGAUAUUCAGUUGUUUUAAUCAUAAAAUGGAUUUCUAUUUGACAACUAGUGCCAGUACUUUUCCGCGUAUCACGAUCAUCUGGAUUGUAUAGGCCCUCGGGCAGGAUCCGAACCUGCGAUUCCGGUGCAGCGCUCUAAACAACUGAGCUACAGAGUCCAGCUGUCGAGCUCUAACCGCAAGUUCAUGUUAUGCUAUGGUGAUGCCAUGGUAAGGUAUAUGGGUAAAUAUCAGGGUUUUGGGGCAUCUCAUAUUACACAUGUGCCAAGAUAAGUGUUUAGUAAUCACAACAUGUUUUUUUUUUAAUAUAAAAACGUAAUACAGGUGUAUGUGGAUAAAAACGUAAUACAGGUGUAUGUACCACGGUACCACAGAAUACCAGUCUUAUUUCUUAUAUAAAAUUUGAAGGAAAUAUGCUAUAAACUUUAUUUUUGUGAUUAUAUAUUAGUUUUAGUCUUAAUUGACAUAUAAAAACAAAAAAAUGUAUAUUUUCUCAAAAUUUUUUAAAAAUAAUGAGGAUUAACAAAAAGUAACAUUCUAUAUUUUUGGUACUUCGCAUAAUGCCUAUAAAAUCCGAGUGUUUAAAAAUAAGUUCGCAAACCAGCAUAAUUUACGUUGAUCAAUACUUUUUCUAUGCAAUGUAACAUUACAGUACACUGGAAUCACACAGUGUAAUCAAUUUUACCAUUGAAAAACUGAAUUUUUCAAAAUUAUUGAUAAACCUGGUAUUCUUUGGUUAUACCACUGGUAUUCUGUACUGAUUUUAGUGUUUAACUUUCACUAAAUUAAGUUGGCAAUAUCCCACAGUAUUAUCAUACAACACGACACACCAAAUCCUGGUACAAUUCGAUAAACCGUUGCUUACUUACCUCUGCACUGGUAUUCUGUGGUACAUUGGAUUUUUUUUUCCGCAGAAUAUUCAUUUAAAAAAAAAUAAUUAAGUCUAUGAAAUCUUGCCCCAAAACCCCCAGGAAGAAAAAAUAUAUCGAUAAACUAUACUAAAAAAUAUUAAGGAACCAUAUUAUAUACAUUAGACAAAAGAUAUGGAACAUGUAAAUUUUUGCGGUAUUCUGUGGUACAUACACCUGUAGAUACAAUUGAUGCCGUGGUUAUUCAUCCGACACUGGCGUGAACUGUGAAGUUUGUAACCAUUAUUUGUCCGAUACAAUAUUACAUAUGUGUACAUACUGUACAUCAUUCACGUUAUUUUGAACAGUAAAUUACCCUAAACCUUGCCCGCACCCAACCCUAACCUGUUAGCGGGUAACCGACUAUUCAACAAGUAUACGCCAAAACCUCUCCGACUAAAAAUAUUUCAAUUGCGGAAAAAAGCUUUUGUAAAUGCAUCUACAGUCAGUAUAUGCACUGAGUUCAAUGAAUAAAACCAAUUUGCUUUGUUGCUGCAGAGGAUUACGCUGGGGAAGGCGGAAUUCAAAUUUCAAUGUCCUACGAACGUUCCCGAUUUGGUGAAACUGGCAUAUCUGCAGCAGUUCAGGUAAGAAGGAAGUAGUGUCGACCAGCCCGGCAAUCGCCCGACAUACUGAUAACCGAAUGAUUUAUUAUUGUUUUUAGGGUGACACAUGUUACUCUGGUGCCGUAGGCGAUAUCGCUUGGACAGGUACAUCUGAGUUUCUACUUUGUCGGGCGGUGUUACACGGGGCAAUUUUUGCUC